GCACAGCACUGGUGGCAUCAGCUGUUUGGCUGGUUUUUUUGCACUUUGAACCUGAUUAAAGUCUUCGGGACUGGCCAACGAAUACGAAAAACAUACACUCCGGGCUUGUGCCGAGUUUAAGUGCGCGUGUCCGCAUCGUCCUGUUCGUCCUCGUUCGCCGUUCUCCGAUUCUCACAGAACUCGCCGCGUCGUCCUUGUCGCCACAAUCUUUCUCGGGCCGCGGACAAGGAAACAACAGCAACACACAGCGCAGCGCAGCGUCAGCUUGUUAGCCGGAGUGAAGCUUUUCGUUCGUCUUUGCAUUGCGCGCAUUGCCAUUGCCUGUCCAACAAAUUUCAUUGAUAAGAAAGCCAGUGAAUGCCAUGCCCCAACGUGUCGCCGUCGCCGUAGCCGUAGCCGCCCCUCUCUUCGCCAGCCGUUUAAAGUGCAAAUUAAUCAAUUAAAAUAGUACAAGAGCGUGCAGUGUGUGUGCUGGAAUUAAAUUAUUUGCGCGGCUUUAAGCGAAUCUAAUUAAUUUUAAGUUUCAAUCAAAGUUCGUUUCGUCCAAAAGUUGCCGCUUGUUGCCCCUCCCCCCCUAGACGCGACGACACGCGACGUGACACUGUUUAUUAAUUAAAAGCGGACAACAUUGCAUAGUUUCCGGCUGAAAAUUGUCCGUUAUUUUUCGAGCUUCCCGUUUUUCCGUGCGCUUCCUUCCGUGCCCGCCACCAAUCGCGGCCAAUUAACAGGGGAUAAAAUUGACGUAGAAGCAGAGGGGGAAGCAAACAAAAAAAAAAAAAAAUGACGCACUGGGAGGACUUCUACAACACACAUCUGCCGCCCGCAGACUUUGAGGACAAUCGCUCGCUGCUGAAAGAGUUCUGCGAGCGCCACAACAAGAUCCAAAAUCGCAUUGUCCUCGUCACGUCUGGUGGAACUACAGUACCUUUGGAGCACAAUACGGUUCGAUUUGUGGAUAACUUUAGUGCCGGCACCAGAGGCUCUGCCUCGGCGGAGUACUUUCUGGACCAUGACUAUGCCGUCAUCUUUAUGCAUCGCCACAAAUCGCUGGAGCCGUUUACGCGCCACUUCACGGGGCAGCAGUUCUUCGAUAUGCUGGACAUAGCGGACAACAGCCAGAGCUCAACGAUAGCCAUCAAGCCGGACUCGGUGGAUGUGUUCGCGCCGGUGCUGGCCAAAUACAAGAUUGCUCGGGAGACCCAAAUGAUUUUGUAUGUGAACUUCACCAGCGUCGUCGACUACAUGUGGCUGUUGAGGGCCGCCUGCGAGUGCCUGGCUGCGUUCGAGGAACGUGCCGUGCUCUAUUUGGCGGCCGCCGUAUCCGAUUUCUACAUACCCGAGGACAUGAUGCCCACCCACAAAAUGCAAUCGGGCGAUGGAGCGCCAACGAUUUCACUGCAGCUGGUGCCAAAAAUGCUUGCCCCACUGGCCAGCCUCUGGGUGCCGCACGCCUUUGUGGUGUCCUUUAAGCUGGAAACGGACGAGAGUCUAUUGAUUGUCAAGGCACGUGACAGCCUCAACAAAUACAAGCAUAAGCUGGUCAUUGCCAAUAUACUGCAGACACGCAAGCAUCGCGUGGUGUUUGUCACGCCCACAGAUUCCUACGAGCUGCAUUUGAGCCGCGAGCAAACGCUGCAGGGCCUGGAGAUCGAGGAGCCCAUUGUGGCCGACCUGGUGCUAAAGCACAACGAGUACAUCAACAACGCCCAGCAGCGCCAAUGACCGUUAUCAAUGCGCCGCCGGCAACAGCAGCACCAGCACCAGCAGCAGCAGCACCAUCACCAGCAGCUCCAGCACCAGGAUGACGAUGGAGAGGAUCCGUAUUGCGUGACCAGCUCGCAUUAUUGUCGCGUGCUCAAUCCGGGCACGCCAAGCUUUGGCCGCAAAUAUUGAGCAGGUUUAUAGUCCAUAUAGCGAAUACUGAAAUUCCGAAUACUAAAUGCCGAAUACCCGAACACUGAACACAGAACACCGGAUAGUGACUAGACAUUUGCAUAUAUUUAUAUGCAUUCCCUCUCUGAACUUUGAGUUGCCGUAACAAUUAGUAUUUCUGUUUAUGGUCACGCCUCAUAAUUGAUGGGGCAGCGUCUCCGUUUCGACCCGCAGCCUUAGAUGUGGUGGUGUCGCUCCUUUCUGCCUCCCUUUCAUAUUAGUUAAUGUAUUUCGUUUAAUGUUGUCCCGUGAAAUGAUGUCACUUUUAUGUAUACACACUGCUGGCCUUCCAUCUUGACCAUCCCAUACCCAUACCCAUCUCCAUCUCCAUGCCCAUACUUUUGCUGGCCUGUCCUUUUAAGUCAUCAAGUAUACGCAGCUGUGCGGGCGCAGACAUCAAUAAAACGUUUUUGAUUUAUGUGUGCUGUGGGACCUGUUCGGCGAAGCUUAUGAUUUUAUAUAUUUAAUGAAGCAUCGAUCCACUUUUGCCAGAAAUUAGUCGGCAGCAGUUUUAAGCCCCUGCACACAAAACCAAAGCAGACAUGUUUAAAAUCCGCCAAAAAGCCGCCGCCGCCACAUGCAAUCGCAAUUUGUUGGGCCCUCCUCUGUCUCUGUCCCCUGUCCCUGUCCCUGCCGCUACCCUGGUCUCCUGUCAGUGGCAGGCGACGCGACAAUUGAUUUGCCUGUUUUGCAUAGCAGCUACAACAACAAAGAGAGUGCUGUCUAAUGUCCUUGUCGUUUCGAAUUUAUGGUGGCUUAAACGAGUGCUCGUACCUUGGCGCCUGUCUAUGCAAAGCGGGUCAAGUCGAGACCCACCAUGGCCAAAGGUCAGCUUAAAGCAGCCGAAUUAAGUUUCCCCAUGCCCAAACACGGCCCUGCAGUCAAAACCUAAUUAACAUCUCAUACACACACACAAAGGCACAAAGACACACUCGACAGGAAGAGCUCAGCGAUGCCUUGGCAGCCAGCAGACAGCUGGGAGAAGGCCAAAGAGGACGAGUAGUCCUCAGGGUCCUUAGGGCUGCCGACGCCUUUUGCACAUUUUUAUUGCAUGUUAUGUUGUUGCCGCCUUUUAUCUACGCCUUUUGGGGCCGCUAAGCCGCCCGCUUAAACGGCUCUGCGGUGAAAAGAGUUGGUUAGGGCUAGUGGUUGGGCAAGUGGUGGUGGUGGUGGUGCGGUGCGGGGCUGGGACUUAGCCUGGUAUCCCCUCCAUUCAGGGAGUUGUAACCACUUCCGUCCCGCCAGCAUUUUGUUGGUUUUUGUUCUGCAGCCCAGAACUAUGCAACAUUUUUUUUUGUUCUCUUCCGUUCGGUUCGUUUUGUGUUUCAACAUUUUUUUGGCCUCUUCUGAUGUAUGUUUGUGUGUGGUAUGUGUAGUGUGCGUAUUAGAGGAGUGUGAGUGUGUGUGUGAGUUGGGGGUAUGGGAGUUGCCUGCAUCAAAUUAGAUUUUAUUGCCCCGACACGCACCACAAACAGAGCCAGAGACAGAGGCAACAGCCACAGCCAUAGCCAACAGACACCAUCACACAUGCGGGCUCAGCCGGAUUUAAGUUUCCUUUUUCAUUCUCUUGUUGCUCGGUUUUAGUGCCACACCCACAUUCCUUCUGCUGAUGCUUUUAUUGUGUAUAUUUUUGCGUAUCGAUUGUGCAUUAAAAUAUAAACAUAAAAAUUCAGUUUGCGAACAAUACAAUAUAUGUACAUAAAUACAUACAUACAUAUGUGUGUAUCCAAACAUAUGUAUGUAGUAUGUAUUAGGGGGCGGUUUUUUUUGGUAGGGGCUGCUCUAGGAAGGUGAUGAUAUUUUUUGAAUAUUAAACAAAGGGGCACUUGAAAUGAUAUAGUAAAAACGUUCCAAUGCAUAAAAUAUAGCCGCAAGUCGAAGGAAAAAAAACUUUUCAUAUCCAUAAUUUAGGACUGAUUUCCAAUUUAUUUGAUAUACAAAUACAAAAAUAUAUUUAAAAAAAUCGUGUGAACUUUCUUAGAUUCAGCUCAUAAAUGUCUAACGUAAAAUACAAUAAAAAUAGGGAAAUUUUAAAUACAAUUAAAAACUUUCCAAAUCUUCUAGAAAAUGUUUAUAAUAACUUACAUAAAUAUAUGCGUUAAAAACAAAAACCAAAACCAAAACAAAACAAAAAAACGAUAAAAAAAACCAAGAGAACCAAUUUGUUAAAGUUUCAAUAUCCAUUUGGACCAAACCAAAGUAAAAAUCGAACAAAAUAUGAUAAAAAAAAAAGAAAAAUCACAAAUAUAUAUCUUUAUGUAUA